CAAGCAAUAAAAUAAUUUGCAAACUCUCUCUCUACUACAUCCUUCAUCAAUCUCCAAAUUUCUCAAAACCCUAUUCUCACAAACUCAACAACAAAGCGAGCUUUAGGAUAUAUACUUAUUACAAAAAGAAGAGGGACAUUAUUCUUGUGUAUGGAAACCAUUGUUUCUACACUCAUUUAUAUACUCAUCUUCUUAUCAGCACUUUCUUAUUACCUCUCCAAGAAGCAAGAGAGAAAACACAAAGCAAAACAACAACAACAACAACCAAAACUGCCUCCUGGUUCCAUGGGAUGGCCGGUUAUCGGAGAAACUCUCCAAUUGUACUCCCAAGACCCUAAUGUUUUCUUCGCCAAGAAACAAAAGAGAUAUGGAGAUGUGUUCAAGACGAAUAUAUUAGGGUGCCCAUGUAUCAUGCUGGCUAGCCCGGAAGCAGCCCGGUUCGUUUUAGUCACUCAUUCUCACUUGUUUAAACCGACGUAUCCGAAGAGCAAAGAGAUUAUGAUCGGGCCAUGGGCUUUGUUUUUUCACGAAGGAAGAUACCAUACUAAUUUGAGGAAGCUUGUUCACAGCUCCUUGUCUCCAGAUGUUCUUCGAAAACUGGUGCCGGAUAUUGAAGCUGUAGUCAUUUCAAGAAUUGAAGCCAUGGCUUCUGGUUCGGCCAUCAAUACUUUCCACGAGAUGAAAAAGUUAUCUUUUGAAGUGGGCAUUCUUACUAUAUUCGGUCGCUUAGAAUCCAAACACAAAGACGAGCUCAAGAAGAACUAUUUGAUCGUGGAUAAAGGGUACAAUUCUUUCCCGACUAACUUACCCGGAACCGCAUACCGGAGAGCUCUUAAGGCUAGGAAGAGGUUGAAUGAGAUAAUAAGGGAAAUCAUAAAGGAGAGAAGGGAGAAAAAGGUGAUGGAUAAAGAUCUAUUGGGUCAUUUGCUAAACUUCAAAGAUGAGAGGAACCAAACAUUGACUGAGGAUCAAAUAGCGGACAAUAUCAUUGGAGUUUUGUUUGCAGCUCAAGACACAACAGCCAGUGUCCUCACUUGGAUUCUUAAAUAUCUCCACGAUGACCCCAAACUCUUAGAAUCCGUUAAAAUGGAGCAGAAGGCAAUUUACGACUCAAAUGGCGAAGGGAAGCUGCCAUUGACAUGGGCUCAAACAAGAAAUAUGCCAGUGACCCAUAAGGUUAUUUUGGAGAGCUUGAGAAUGGCUAGCAUCAUCUCCUUCACGUUUAGAGAAGCUGUGGUUGACGUUGAGUAUGAUGGAUUUCUUAUACCAAAAGGGUGGAAGGUGAUGCCAUUAUUUAGAAUCAUCCAUCACAAUCCCGAAUAUUUCAUGGACCCCAAAAGUUUUGAUCCUUCUAGGUUUGAGGUUGCUCCGAAACCCAAUACGUUUAUGCCAUUCGGAGGUGGAGCCCAUGCAUGUCCAGGAAAUGAGCUUGCGAAGCUGGAAAUGUUGAUUAUGAUCCACCAUUUGGUCACCAAGUAUAGGUGGGAAGUGAUCGGAUCUAAAAAUGACGUACAAUAUAGCCCAUUUCCAGUCCCUCGGGAUGGACUACCUGCAAAGUUUUACAAAAAUCCUGCCAGCCCAUAAUUAGCUCUUAAUUUAGGUGAAAAGUAUAGAAGACCUAAAGCAAGUUAGCGGGGGAAAAAGGUAGCAAAAUAUACAGCACGGGCCACAGAGCAAUAUUCCCUGAAUUUUUGACAAAGGGGAUCCGAUCGAGUUCUGAAAGGCAUAAAUUCGUGGCAGAUGUAUUCAUCCAUUGAACAUAUGUUUUCAUUAAAUUAUUAAGAUAGAAUGAACAUCAUAGUAUAUAUAUGUGUGUAUUUCCUUCGCGAAAGGAAAUAACUAUCAAAUGUAUUAAUAAAAUUAGAGCACAUUAAAGAUUGUGGAUCGAUGCAUCAUGAUUUUGUUUAGAUCAUGUAUAUUUAUAGGCCGGCAAAGGUUUCACUAUGAUUAUUAGAGAGCGACGGACACAAAAUAUAAUUGCAUUAUUUUUAUACGGGCAAAAACCGGGUACAAAUGUAUUCUGCCUUUUGAAAUAUUUAAAAAGAUGAAUAAAGACGCAUGUUAUUAGAG